AUGGAAAUAUUUAGCCAGAAAGAUUACUACCCGACUCCAUCCUCAAAUGUUAUUAGCUAUGAAAGCGAUUGUGUAUCCAAACCAGUGAAUAGUGCAGACCUGCCCGCGUUAAUUGUACACCUUUCUUCCCCUUUGGAAGGUGUAGACUACAACGCAUCUGCAGAUUUUUUCCUUAUUUAUAGGAAUUUUAUAACGCCUCAAGACUUACACGACUUACUCAUCUAUAGAUUUCGAUGGUGUAUUAGGGAGAUCACAACAAAUGCUGCAAAAGCUAAGAGAAGGCGAAUUGGUGAAGUUGCCCUCGUGAGGACGUUUGUGUUGUUGAGGCAUUCCAUACUGAAUUAUUUUGUGCAAGAUUUUUUACCGAACAUAACAUUAAGACUUCGGUUGAUCGAGUUUCUAAACGACAAACACAUUGAACAGUACCCAAAAAUAAUUUCCAGCUGUAUAAUCAAUCUGAAAAAAAACUGGGUGCAUUGUUCUAAGUUGGUUUGGGAGAAUAUUGAACUAAAUGAACCUGAUAAAUUAGACUUUGAUGCAUGGCUGCAUUAUUCGUUAAAGGAUUUCACGCAACUAGAAAGCCUACACAAAAGAGGAAGCCGACUGAGCAUUUACGCCAGGCAAAGUUUUGCCAGUCCUGAUUUUCGUAACCAAAGCGUUUUAUCAUUAUAUAAAACUUCUGAUGUAUUUAGACUGCCGGAGAAGCUACAGUCUUCAAAUUCUUCCAAAAACCAGAGAAGCCCUUCUAUGCUUUUAUUUCCCGAUAAUACAUCAAAUGUUUACUCGAAGCACCGAAUAGCGAAAGAACCUUCAGUUGAUAAUGAAAGCGAGGACAUGUCAGAUAGUAAACAAAAGAUCAGCCACUUGUCAAAAGUCACUCUAGUAUCCACACUAAUGAAAGGCGUAGACUACCCGUCAUCAUAUGCAGUCGAUAAAAUAAUGCCUCCAACACCGGCUAAAAAAGUUGAAUUUAUUCUGAAUUCCUUAUAUAUUCCUGAAGAUUUAAAUGAACAAAGCGGAACGCUUCAAGGUACAUCGACGACAUCAUCUCUAGAUAACAAUAGCAACAGUAAUAGUAGAUCUAAUACAUCUUCAAUGUCUGUGUUACAUCGCAGCGCUAUUGGUCUUUUAGCUAAGUGGAUGAAAAACCAUAAUCGCCAUGAUAGCAGUAAUGAUAAAAAAUUUAUGAGUGCUAUUAAACCAGCAAACCAGAAACCUGAAAUGGAUGCGUUUGUCAAAUACGUUGUAUCAAUAUCAUCUCUCAAUAGAAAAUCUUCCAAGGAAGAAGAGGAAGAGUUUCUUAACUCUGAUUCUUCUAAAUUUGACAUCCUAAGUGCAAGAACCAUAGAUGAAGUGGAGUCCCUACUGCAUUUACAAAACCAGCUGAUAGAAAAAGUUCAAACACAUUCGAAUAACAACCGAGGUCCUACAGUUAAUGUUGAUUGUGAACGUCGGGAACACAUACAUGAUAUAAAGAUUUUACAACAAAAUAGCUUUAAACCGAGUAAUGAUAAUUUUAGCGCUAUGGACAAUUUGGAUCUGUAUCAAACCGUAAGUUCAAUUGCUCAGUCAGUCAUCUCUUUAACUAAUACUUUAAACAAGCAACUGCAGAACAAUGAAUCGAAUAUGCAGCCAUCACCCUCGUAUGAUGCACUGCAACGAAGGAAAGUAAAAAGUCUCACGACAGCAUAUUACAAUAAAAUGCACGGUAGCUACUCAGCAGAAAGUAUGAGGCUCUUUGAUAAAGAUAAUAGUUCUUCACGUACAGACGAGAAUGGACCUCAAAGAUUGUUAUUCCAUGAAACUGAUAAAACCAACUCAGAAGCGAUUACAAAUAUGACACCAAGGAGGAAAAAUCAUUCCCAAUCCCAAAAAAGCAUGACUUCUUCGCCUCUGAAAAAUGUUCUACCUGAUCUUAAAGAAUCGUCUCCCUUAAACGAUAGUAGGGAAGACACAGAAUCAAUAACAUACUCAUACGAUUCCGAGUUGUCAUCCAGCUCUCCACCCAGAGAUACUGUAACGAAAAAGUCAAGAAAAGUCAGAAACAUCGUGAAUAAUACAGAUAGUCCAACUCUAAAAACAAAAACUGGAUUUUUAAAUCUAAGAGAGUUUACAUUUGAAGAUACCAAGUCUUUAGAUGAGAAAAAGAGUACUAUAGAUGGCCUUGAAAAGAAUUAUGAUAACAAAGAAAAUCAGGAAUCAGAAUAUGAGAGCACAAAAAAGCUGGACAACUCACUCGAUGCAUCAUCAGAAGCCAAUAAUUAUGAUAUAACUACAAGAAAAAAACAUUCAUCUUGCAAUCACAAGAUCAAACAAGCAGUUGUAAGACCGGCUAGUGGAAGGAUCAGCAUUUCAAGAGUUCAAAGCAUUGCCAUAACACCAACCAAAGAGUUAUCCAUAGUAGAUCCUGAGCAAAACAAGUCAAACUCAGUUAUAGAGGAAAUAAGUGAAAUAGAACCUCUCAACCUGGAAUAUAAUAAAAAAAGCGCGUUGUACUCUGAUACAUCGUCCACCGUUAUCAGUAUCUCAACGAGCAAGCUUUUUGAAUCUGCUCAGAAUAGUCCUCUAAAACAAACUCAAAAUCCACAGAGAGAAUUUCCCAACGGGACCAGCGUGAGUGAAACCAAUAGAAUCAGAUUAUCCAUAGCACCCACAAUAGAAUCUGUUGUAAGUGAUUUGAAUUCGAUUACCACUGGUAGCACAGUUGAAACUUUCGAAACGUCCAGAGAUUUACCAGUGCCACACCAAAGGAUAAUAAAUUUGAGAGAAGAAUAUCAAAGGGGUAAUCAAGAUAUAAUCUCAAAUACUUCUUCAUUGCAUGAGUUAAAAACAAUUGAUUUAAGCGAUUCCAAUAAUGACCUAGAAAGUCCAAGUACCCAUGCGAAAAACAACAAGUAUUUUUUUUCACCAGAUGACGGUAGCAUUGACGUUGCUUCUCCAAUGAAAAACGUUGAAGAGCUGAAAAGUAAAUUUCUGAAGAACGAGAGUGAAACUAAUAGUAACAUAUCAGGAAGUGUAUUGACAAUGGACGAUAUCGACAUUAAUGACACAUCUAGUGCCCGGAACACACGGAGAGCAAACUCUGAGUCGGCUUUUACAGGCUCCUUGAAUAAGAAAAAUUUAAAUGAAAUUGCUAAUAUGCUCGAUGAUUCAAUUAAUGACGAUCCAAUAACCGUGGCAUUAAUGAAACUGGAAGGUACAUACGAGAAAAUUCCCGAAAAACCAGAGAACACCAAGAGUAGUGACGCUAUUGGAAUUAAAACGAGCAAGUUAGCAGAUGAAGUGGAAAUGCUAAACCUUAACAACUUGCCGUCAUUCCAAAAUAGCCCCGCAGAAAAAAGAAAAUCGUUAUUAAUAGAAAGAAGGAGACAAACUAUAAUGAAUAUCCCCUUUACUCCAGAUCAAUCCGAGAAGGAAGGCUUUACUUCCUCCUCUCCUGAAAAAAUAGACGUGUCAGCUAAUGUUGAUGUUGCUGUGCAAGCGGCGCAAAUCCAGGAAUUAAUCGGUCAAUACAGGAUUCACGAUUCGAGAUUAAUGAUUUCUAAUAAUGAAAGUCACGUUCCAUUUAUACUAAUGUACGAUUCCCUGUCUGUAGCGCAACAAAUGACCUUGAUAGAGAAGGAAAUUUUAGGAGAAAUAGACUGGAAAGAUUUAUUAGAUUUAAAGAUGAAGCAUGAAGGCCCACAAGUUAUAAGUUGGUUGCAACUACUAGUAAGGAACGAGACCUUAUCUGGCAUUGAUUUAGCUAUAUCCAGAUUUAACUUAACUGUGGAUUGGAUUAUAUCAGAAAUACUUCUUACCAAGAGCAGCAAAAUGAAAAGAAAUGUCAUUCAAAGGUUUAUACACGUUGCAGACCACUGCAGGACAUUUCAGAACUUUAACACAUUGAUGGAAAUCAUUCUAGCCUUAAGUUCUUCAGUUGUUCAAAAAUUCACUGAUGCAUGGCGUCUGAUUGAACCAGGCGACUUACUGACUUGGGAAGAGCUAAAGAAGAUUCCCUCGCUAGACAGGAAUUAUUCUACAAUAAGAAAUCUACUUAACUCUGUGAAUCCACUGGUGGGUUGCGUCCCUUUCAUCGUCGUAUAUCUUUCGGACCUAUCAGCAAACGCAGAGAAGAAAGACUGGAUCUUAGAAGAUAAAGUAGUGAAUUACAAUAAAUUCGAUACGAACGUUCAAAUAGUCAAGAAUUUCAUUCAAAGGGUUCAAUGGUCCAAGUUUUACACUUUCAAAGUUAACCACGAAUUGCUGAGUAAGUGUGUUUAUAUUAGCACAUUAACACAAGAAGAGAUUAAUGAACUAUCCACAUGA